UGGACAUUCGCACACUGUGGAAGAUGCAGUGUCCCGCGCAAGUGUAUCCAGCCAACUCGCGGCUGUUUGUCGUCUGCGGCCGCGUCGUCGGCAACGAGGAGCUGGAGAAGCUCUUCUCUCCGUUCGGGAACGUUGUAAAUGUGCGCAUUGCGCUAGAUCGUUCCAACAAGUCGCGGGGAUUUGCGUUUGUGCAGUUUGCCGAGGCGACAGAAGCAGCUACCGCCAUCGAAAAGUUACAUGGAGCGUUGGUGUAUGGGCAUACGUUCAAAGUGAGCCUCGCCCAUGCAUCCUCCCCGAAAGGAAAGAAAAAGGACACUGCAGCAUUACUUCCGUCGGGAAAACGCGCGCGUGACGAUCGUGGAGAUAAGACAGCGCAUGCUAGUAAACGUACCGGGGCAGCAAAAUCGUCGCAAGAAACAACAACUCAACAGACCUCAGGGUUCCACGUGGUGCAAUCGGUUGUGUCGGACAUGGUGCAACAAAUUGUGGAUUUGACGGCAGCCACAUCGUUAAAAUCAUCUCCCAGCACCACAUCUCUCAAACGAAAAGACAGCGAUGCCGACCUGUGUGUCGAUGGUUCCACACAUACUUUCAACAAGCGGCAAACGUCUUCGGCGAAGCCGUCGUCGAUCAUGUCACACCACCAGCCUAUGCAAGAACACCAGCGUCCUCGCAUCGCGUCUGAAUUUGAGCCCCGUAAGAUGCCCAAGCGACCCCCGCCACCAUCGAUGAUCCGGUCUUGUCAGCCACCGCCACCACCUCCUUGUGGUGGCACGCGCCUUUUUGUCACAAGCCUGUAUGAGUAUACACAUCAGGAGCUCCACGCAAUGUUUCACGUGUACGGCGACUUCAGUCAUGUGCAAAUGGUGCAUUGCCAGGGCAAACUCCACACCAUGGCGUACGUGCAAUACACAACGGCAUCGACAGCGCAAUACGUGGUCGAGUCCUUUUCAAGCGAUCGAUCGUUGUUGAGCGUGUGUUUUGCCGAUGAAACCAAACAAACGUCGAGAAUCAUGCUCAACUGGCUGGAAGUUGGGUUUGCCAUGGCGACCAGUACGUUGACAACGAUUGUGUCGCAAUGCGACGGCAUGGAAUUCGUCGACAUCAUUCCCAUCGCCCCUGUUCCCACAGGAAGCGUCUCGGUCACAACGUCGGGCAGAUGCAACGUCAAAUUUACCAACGAAGUGUUGGCACGUGCGGCAUUUGGGUACUUACGAACGCUGCCGUCGAUUGUGUCGCUUCAGUUGAUACCGGACCCGACCAGCUCGUACGAUGUGGUAUGACCAUUACAACGCCCAGCUGCUCUGCCAUUUGAUCUGCAUCCGAAUGUGGCUUUGGCGCUUCUUUGCGAUCGCGCCCCUCAACGCCGUUUUGACAGGACAUACGAGCGGUUGAAAGUCAAUUCGCCCACCUCAUGUCGACACCAUACUACCCGUACGAUAUUCUAUCAACGUUCAUGACGAUAUGCAUGCUGACCGCCGUUGCCUCUUUUGUCAUGUGCACGCUGUGGAGUCAUGUUGAAUGUGUAGGACACCUCCGAUGCCUGUGCAAGCACCCGCUGUUGCUUCCAGCGACGACGAGCUGUUGUGGCUUCAUGUGGCAAGUCCGGCGCCAUGCACGUGGUCAGGCAUCCAAAGCGUCGUGACGCCAGUGCCCGUGUUGGAUUUGAUCGUUGAUGGUGGCGACGGGUCGGAUGACGACGGGGCGCGAAAAGGCCGCACGAGUAGAUCCAGUACCGACAAGACGAUGACCCACGAUGGCGAUGUUGGUGACGAUGCCCCUGGUGACGACGAUGUGUCGACGCGGACAGGAACGUCCAGUCAGCCCACCAAACUGUGCGAAGCUUGGGUUCAAUUUGCAUCGCCCAAGCAUGCGCUCAUGGCGAUGAACACGCUGCUGCGUCAAGACAGCAUAGCCCAAGUGUCUGUGGCACAGCUUCCUCCGCCGAUCGCGUUGCGCCGGCAUGCAAAAAAGGCCAAGCGAUGGAUGUGAUGCCGCCACGAUCGAGUCCACCGAGAGCUUGGUUGUAUGGCGGUUGCAAUAUAUAUAUAUAUUUCAACCCUGGGGAUUUGUAGGAAAAAAUAAAUUAAUGCUGGCUGGAUAGGUCCGGUUACGUUUCCGGAUAUCGUGCUUGAAGUGGGGUCUCCAGCAUGAAGCGCACGACGUCGUCGAGAGCGGCAUCGAGGUCGUCUUCGUCGACGGUCGCGUACGAAUGAUGGAGCCCCGUCAUGGAUGGAAGUUCGUCUGUUGCAAGUGCAGAGCGUUUGGUCGCAGCUCCAAUUACUUGCCAGUCCUUGGUCAUCUUUGUCACGUCAUCCAACGCCUCCGCGCUAGAAUCGGUAAGCCCACGUCGUGGUCUACAUCCAUCGACGUACUCUAAAACCGUGUGUCGCAUCGACCGCGUUGAGCUGAGAAACGUAAACGUUCCAUCCGGCGCUGCAUUCCGUUGUCGAUCAUGGCGCUGGUGCUCUGCAUAGGACGCUCGACGCACAACAGGCGGACUUGUAUCCCCGGGCGACACGUCCUUCGCGCCACGGGGCAUUUCCUGGAUGUUUUCUUCGACCAGUGUGUCGGCGCAUGCCAGACACAGCGUGACUGUCCCGUCCAAAGAGUCGCCGGUCCUCCAUUCUUGGCUACACGGUUUGCACACGGCCUAGACGGCCCAUGAUCAAUUGUUCGUGUGAUUUCCAACGCACCUGUCGGCAAACACGGCAUGCUCCAUGGCGUGGCGCAAAGAAGCCGAACCUGGCGUCGCACAAACCGCAAAUUGUUCUCUGCUUGGCGUCA